AUGGCACAAACUUCGAUUGAAAACCCCAGCCGGGUGGAACUGUUUGAUUUCUUAUUAGAUGGUGUGGAUUGGUGGCAUAUAAGACCCAUCUUUGAUCUGGAUGAUCGAGACUGUGUGCAAAUGGAAACGAGACUUGGAGAGUUUGUCAUCAUGCUCAGCCCCAGAGAACUGUUGGUUACCUCUAUAUCCAAACACCUUGCUGUGUCCAAUCUCCAAGGCUGGGCAGACCUCCCAGAUGACCUGCUACACUCAAUUGUUGCUAUCUUGGGCUCCUCCGUUGACCUUCUUGCCUUUGCUGCCACCUGCCGCCCUUGGCGUGCCGCUUUCUUCUCAUACCCAUCCAAAUCUACCUUCUGCUUCUCAAACCCCCCUUUCCUCAUCCGACAAAACCCCUGCAUCCAACCUGCUAGCAAUGGUCGUGCCAAGCCACAUAGAUUAAUCUUUGUUGAUCCAUCCAACCCAAGCACCAACUAUCGCUGCCAGAUACGUGAAGAAAUUCUGCAGAGCAAAUUUUAUUUUGCUGGUUCUUCCUAUGGUCAGCUCAUCCUCUUCCAGCACAUACAUUGUCUUGUUGUUGAUGCAUUUAGUGGUGCAGAAGUUUCACCUCCAUGUCUCCCUGAGUUGAACCACGAUUUCUUUCAGUCGUACUAUUGUAGCACUCUGACUGCUCCCCUUGCAUCACCCAGCUCACGCCUCCUUGUCAGCACAAAAUCCUCCCUAUUUGACUGGCCAGUUGGAAGUGACUCUUGGUCUGAACUCAAGCUUUCCAAUGUGCAAGUACAGCAGAUUGUGGAAUUAAAUGGUCAGUUCAUUGCCAUGGAUGAUCAUAUGAAGAUCUACAUUUUGCAGUUGGCACCCCAGCUUGGCCUGCAAGAACUACCAAUAGAGUGGUGCGGCGGCAAGAUCCCAAGCAUGCAUUCGAAACCAUUUCUUGUGGUCUGUAGCGAUAUGCUUCUGAUGGUUUGCUAUUCUCUAUUAAGCUCAUUCUAUAGUUCAGGCUUCUGUACACUCCACCGCCUUGACAUGUCUACCAAUCCAGCAAAAUGGGUAGAGAUGAAGAAGCUGGACAAUUGGGCACUCUUCGUUGCAGCUGACAUUAGGACCCCACCAUUUUCCUGUGUUAACCCAGAACGGUGGGGAGGGAGAAGCAACUGCUUGUACUACACUCACCACUCUCAACCUUGGGGUGUACGAUGGUUGGGCAAUGAGCCGGAUCUUAUGAAGGAUCCAUCCGCCAGUCGGGACCUUGUGUUCGCAAGAAAUAUGUUUCGUUACCCACAGAACCUCUGGGUGUACCCCAGCAUGUUUUACUCUGCUGGGAAGUGA